AUGACCUCUUCCAAUGGCCAUUCACCGCUUCUGGCUUUCCCUCGCGAGUUGCGCGACGAGGUCCUUGGCUACCUGACCCUCCCGCAGUACGUCUAUACAUCAAAUUCGAAGAAGGAAACUCAAAACCGGUACAAGUUACGUCAAACUUCCGUAGAUACCUACGUCGAUACACGCAUUUAUCUCCCUUCUCGUCCCCCUCCAAACAUCCUAGCAACGUGUCGCCAGCUGCGAGAAGAGUGUCUGGAAUACCAUUGUCGUAUGUCAACAAUGGUCUCAACACCAACAGACCCAGAGAAGCGACCCCUGAGUAAUGAGUUGGCUGAAAGGCUCGGAGACGAGUUUGCUGAAGAAGCAGAGCGUGCCUGCGACGAUGAUACCCUCCGUAUCACGUUGGAGGUCCAGCGCCAGCUGCGCGGAGCUCACGGUUACUACAUUCCAACACGCGAGGACAUGUCGCCUCGUUUCCUUGCACUGCUGCCGAUGGUCGGCAAGGUUAGAAAACUUAGGCUUAUUAUGUGGCCUGGAUACGACUGGUGGAAUGGUGGUCCGCAGGUGUUCGUCGACAAACGCGGGAAUACUCGCGUCAACCCUGGUGAGGCAGCGAAGCCCAAUGCUGCCUCGGUCACCAUCAGCAGGGUGCUCCAGUACUUCCCUCAUGUUGAAGAACUCAGUGUGGAUGUUCUCAUGCAGGCAUACGACGGUGGUAGAUGGGAUCUGCCGGACAAGAAGUGGGAAAAUGUCCAGCCUUGGCUGGAUGCACCCGUUACGCCUACAGUGGGAGAGACGGUUAAAAAAGUUACGAGGAAGCUGAUCGGCUUCUGGAAAACGUCAGAUCCUGAGCCCUUUUACGUCCAACAUGAGAUCCGUCAAUCGGGUAGUACUUGGAAGGUCGAUAGGAAAGGCGAUAUGGGCACCCCGACCAUGAAGUCCUUUUGCGAUACCGGUAAUGAAGCCGACAUGGACUUUCUCAGAUCGCUCACGAACGGAAUGAGUUGUGGAGAACCCCGACUUGACGGGCAGGGGUCCACACGCGCGGAGCAUUCCCGACGCAUCGCAAAAUCGCUGCACAUCACGAAGAACAUCGUCUCUGAAGACCUAGCUGCUGAUCAGCUUCUGAUUCUAUGGCCUGACCAUGGGACACCCAUGAGAGGAGUAGCGCCUUAUUCGGGAAUAGCUUGCUUGACACGUUCAUACCUUCGAAACAACGGAGGUAGACUGCGAACACAGAUGUUCCGUGAGCACGUUCUCCUCUUUUUAUUUCUUAGCUCGUACCCUUCUCCCAGUAGCCAAGCCUCACCUCACCAUCCAGAUCGACUAUUACACUCAUUUCCACUACUACCAUCACUCAAUAUGAAGUUCAGCGCACUCCUCAUCGCCAGCACGGCAUCUCUGGCGCUCGCCGUACCUACCGCUACCAUCCAGAAGCGUGCAGACUACUGCGGCCAAUGGGACAGUGCCGUAACAGGUGACUACACCGUUUACAACAAUCUCUGGGGCCAAGCCGACGCUACAUCCGGUUCUCAAUGCACCGGCGUUGACGGCCUCAGCGGCAGGACUCUCAAGUGGCACACUUCAUGGUCCUGGGCUGGCGGUCCUGGACACGUCAAGUCUUACGCCAACGUCGUAACAAAAAUCACCCAAAAAGCCCUCUCAUCCAUCAAAUCCAUCCCUUCAGUCUGGAAAUGGUCCUACGCCGGCGACGACAUCAUCGCAAACGUCUCCUACGACCUCUUCACCUCCUCCAAAGCUGGCGGUGACCCAGAGUACGAAAUCAUGAUCUGGGUCGGUGCUCUCGGAGGCGCUGGUCCCAUCUCCGCCACAGGCAGCCCCAUUGCUACCGUCACACUGGCUGGCAAUAGCUGGAAGUUGUACAACGGCAAGAACGGCCAGAUGAAUGUGUUUAGCUUUGUUGCCGAGAAGCAGAUUAACAGCUUCAAUGGCGAUUUGAUGGCGUUUGUCAAGGAGGUCACUGGCAAGCACGGCAUGCCUACUAGCCAGAUCUUGACCAGUGUUGGAGCUGGAACUGAACCUUUCUCUGGUAGCAAGGCGAAGCUUACUGUUACUGAGUACAGCUUGAGCAUGAGCUAG